AUUUGCAGCACAUUCCACAAGAUGAAAGGGUCUCCAUGAGCCUUAAGGGAGAUCUCUACUUUGCAAAUGUGGAAGAAAAUGACAGUCGGAGUGAUUAUUGUUGCUUUGCAGCAUUUCCAAGACUGAGGACGAUUGUACAGAAAAUGCCAAUGACACUGAAGGUUUCCCGUUUUAAGCAUGCUAAUGACUCAGGCUCACCUAAUGCUGCGGUUACUAAGGCAAAUUUUAUCAAGGAAAGAAAACCCAGACUGCUGAUCCCUCCUGAAUCUGCUGGCAGUAGCUCAUCAGUCACUGUCAUCAAGGGAGGUGUCCUGCUACUCGAAUGUAUUGCUGAAGGGCUCCCAACUCCUCAUCUAAGCUGGAUCAAGGUCACAGGAAACUUGCCCAAGGAUGAACCAGAAACAGAGAAUUUUGGGAAGAUACUGAAGAUAGACCAAGUGACUACAGCUGAUGAAGGAACAUACCAGUGCACAGCAAGCAACCCCAUGGGGAGAGUGAAGCAUGAGUUCCAUGUUCAUGUGGAAGAGCCUCCUCAGUGGAUAAAGAAACCCGAAGGUGGUGUUUACAGUGUGGGAACAAAUCUUGUGCUGCUGUGUGAAGCUAUUGGCAACCCAGAGCCAACCAUUCAGUGGAAACUUAACGGGAUGCCCAUCGAUAGUAGGACCUUCAGAGGGAGACUCUCUACCAGAGAGAUCAGCCUUACCAACCUUCAGCUUCAGGACAGUGCUGUGUACCAAUGUGAGGCCAGCAACAAGCAUGGCACCAUCCUUGCCAGUGCCAAUGUGAAUGUCCUCAAUAUCGCUCCCUUAAUACUGACCUCAGAUGGUGAAAACUACGCUGCAGUUGUGGGUUACAGUGCCUUCCUGCACUGUGAAAUUUUUGCCUCACCUGCAGCAGAUAUUAGAUGGACUAAGGAUGACAGCAUAGAGCCACUUUCAACAUUACGCUAUGAGUUAAAUAAGAAUGGCACCCUCGAGAUCAAAGAAACAAAGAAAGAAGACUCAGGAUCAUACGCUUGCUGGGCUGCAAACUCUGUUGGAAAAAGAGCAAUCACUGCCAAUCUGGAUAUAAGAGAUGCUACAAAACUUGUUGUUACUCCGAAGAACCCCCGAGUGUUGAAAUCACAUUCAAUUUUAUUGAAAUGUCAGGCUGAGUAUGAUUCACACUUGAAACACAGUUUUAAAUUAUCCUGGAGGAAAGAUGGAGAUGAGCUGCCAGUCAACAGCACAGAAGGUGGCAGGAUAAUUCUGGACAGGGAUACACUGUUCAUAUCAAGCGUGACACAGGAAGAUCAAGGAGUUUACAUGUGUGUGGCCAGGACUUCUCUGGACAGUGUCAUGGCUGAAUCACGGUUAAUUGUUCUUGAUGUUCCUGAUCCCCCGGAAGAUCUUCAGCUCUCAGAAAAUCAAAACCGAAGCAUUCGACUAUCUUGGAAAGCUGGGGCCAGUCAUAACAGCCCUGUUAAUGAGUCAAUUAUAGAGUUUGAAGAGAACCGGUGGGAGCCGGGGAGGUGGCAGGAGCUAACCCGAGCCCUGGGGAAUGACACUACAGCUCUUUUGUCACUGGCCCCAUAUACGAAUUACCAGUUUCGUGUCAUAUCUGUGAAUGCUGUGGGAAGGAGCCAGCCCAGUAAACCAUCGCUGCUCUAUGCAACACCUCCGGCUGCUCCAGACAAGAACCCAGAAAACAUCCGAGUUGAAGCUUCAGAGCCAAAUGAGAUGGUGAUGAAAUGGGAGCCAUUGAAACCCAUGGAGAGAAAUGGGCCGGGGCUGGAAUACAAAGUCAGCUGGCGGCAGCGGGGAGUCGAGGCCGACUGGAAUGAGGAGAUGGUGAAGAAGCAUUCCCUGACCCUGCGAAACACUCCUACCUUCGUGCCUUAUGAGAUCAAAGUCCAAGCAGUAAAUAAUUUAGGAUCUGGUCCUGAACCAAACAUUACCAUCGGAUAUUCAGGAGAAGAUGUUCCAGAUGCUGCUCCUUCCGGAGUAUCAGUGGAUAUUGUGAACAGCACACUGGUCAAAGUCUUCUGGUUUGGCAUACCAAGGGACAGAGUUCGUGGACAUUUAAGAGGCUAUAAGGUCAGUUGGUGGAAAACAAAGAGCAUGCUGGAUGGAAAAAGGCAUCACCCAGAAAAACACUUCCUGACAUUUGUAGGAGACAGAAAUUACGGGAUGAUUCCUGGUCUAGAGCCCUUCAGUGAAUUCCGCUUAACUGUUUUGGCUUACAACUCCAAAGGAGAUGGCCCAGAAAGCUCCCCUGUUGUGUUUGAAACUCCAGAAGGAGUCCCUGAGCAACCACGUUUUCUCAGGAUUCUGAGCUUUGACAAGGACUCUGUCACUCUGUCAUGGGGACUUCCCAAGAAAGCAAACGGCCACCUUACUGGCUACAUUUUGCAAUACCAGAUGAUAAACGAAACACACGAAAUCGGACCCCUGAGCGACAUCAGCGUAACAAACCGCUCCACGCUCAGCUGGAGGCUUUCAGGUCUCAGCUCCAGUACCAAGUACAAAUUCUAUGUAAAGGCUUGUACAGUCAAAGGCUGUGGGAAGCCGGUCACAGAAGAAGGACUAACGAUGGCUCAAGGGAGUAAAGGGAUCGGCAAGAUUUCAGAAGCAGUAAAGCCCACCCAAAAGUUUCACCCCAUUGAGGCACUUGAGCCUGGAACUGAAUAUACAGUUCGUCUAGUGACUAAGAAUUGGGUUGAUAACAAUAGCAUUUUUGAAGAUGUAAUUGAGACAAGGGGGAGAGCGUAUGCUGGUAUUUACGAUGGAAUUUCCACCCAGGGGUGGUUUAUUGGACUGAUGUGUGCCAUCGCUUUGCUCACCCUUCUGCUGCUAACUAUUUGCUUUGUCAGAAGAAAUAAAGGAGGAAAAUAUUCAGUGAAAGAAAAAGAAGAUUUGCAUCCAGAUCCCGAAGCUCAAUCAAUAAAAGAUGAAAUCUUUGGGGAAUAUAGUGACAGCGAUGAAAAGCCACUGAAAGGCAGCCUCCAGUCAAUUAACGGGGACAUUAAAGCCACUGAAAGUGCUGAUAGUCUGGUAGAUUAUGGAGAAGGGGAGCAUGGGAUGUUCAAUGAAGAUGGUUCAUUUAUUGGAGCUUAUUCUGGAUCUAAGGAAAAAGGGUCAGUGGAAAGCACUGGGAGUUCUACGGCAACUUUUCCUCUCCACGCCUAAAAUAAUAGUGGAAUGAUUUAUGUUUAAUUGUGAUAUUUAUCUCGGUUAGUACUCCACAGUUACCACAUGUGAUUGGAAGCAGGUUGCCAAUUGAACCAGUCAGGAACCUGACAUGCAGGUAAUACAAAAAUAAGUCACUGCCACUAAAAGAUGAUUUUCCAUCCUAAUUUCUAGGUGUUUUCUUCUAAUUAAAACAAAACAAAUCAUUUUUUACUAUAGAAAAUGUCUUAGUCUUACCAAAACAGAAUUUCUCAGUGUUACGUCUGUAUAAUUAACUGCUACUCCAUGUGUGUCUUAGGUUUGGAAUAUGUUUCUCUGUAUAGUAUUUUUUUUCCCAUGUGGCUGCUGUCACUUUGUACAUACAUUUAUACAUAGUA